UACAGUGCGUCAAUGCGGUAGUAGUGAGGAGUAGAACUCUCGCUGUAGGUUAACGUAGGAGGGGGUCUGUGUACAGACCGGUACAACCGUUUCGAAACUGACGCCCAGUGGGCCGCAGAGGUUUUCAGGGGAGUCUUAGGUCGGCGAAACAAACAUGGGGAACGCAGAGAGCGGCUGCGGCGGAGGCAGCGGCGACGAGGAAGACAUAGAAACUGAGAGCCCCGGCUUCGCGGAAGACGGUCCGGCCUCUGCGGCCGCUGGCGGCGGCGGUGUCGGAGGCAGUGGAGGCUCGGGUUGUGGCAGGAGCGGAAGGGGAUCGAAUAACCAACUCGUGCCCACCGCUGGACCACCCAGUCCCGGGGUCCUCUUGGAGCAAGUGAAACUGAGAGAAGCGGCGGCUCGUAUUAGCGACUCGGGAGUCGCCAUUCACGAGUCUGUCCUGGCCGGGAAUGAGGGUGUCCUGAUACGGUGGCUGGAGGACCGGUUAAACCGAGGAGAAGAGUCCGUCAAUGUAGAACAGUUUUGUGAGAUGUUGGAAAGCAGAGAUGCCCCGAGGGACGAGUGUGAAGAGGCCUUUGGUCAGUUUGAUGCAGAGGGGGAUGGAGUGGUGGACAUAGAGAGCAUGCUGAUUGCUCUGAAGAACUCCAAUGGAGCUAAUCUACAGGGAGAGCUGAGUAAUGUAAUAAGACAGCUUCAGGCUUGCUCUCUUACCCCAGGUUUUGUGGACAUAUUCUCCAAGACCAAAGACCGAUUAGGAGCACAUGCCUCUAAGAUUCUUAAAUUCUUACACAGGAAUCGUAUUCCCAGCAGUGCCAUCCCUUUCCCUAUUUUAGAGGGCUACAACAGUAUCUGCACCAUGAGGUCUAGUGUGGUCCAGGACUUCUUAGAAUUCCUCUUGCAGAAGGAGAAAGAUUUAGAUAUUCAGUACAGAGCAGAGCUGGACCGUGAUCCGGAUGUAGACAAGGUCAAGGUUGUGACACAGUGCUACAGCACAAUAGAGGCUUCAUCCAAUGUUAGUGACAUUUACAAGAUGACAAAUGGGGAAACGGCGUCUUUCUGGCAGUCGGACGGCAGCGCUCGCUCACACUGGAUACGACUGAAAAUGAAACCUGACGUUGUGUUGAGACGUUUGGCCAUUGCCGUGGCCUCUAACGACCACAGCUACAUGCCUCAGCUGGUCUCUGUCGCUGUGGGGAAAAACCGGAGGUCUUUGCAGGAGAUCAGAGACAUCCGCAUCCCUAGCAAUGUCACAGGCUAUGUAGCUCUCUUGGAGAAUGCCAACAUCACACACCCAUACGUCCAAAUCAACAUUAAGCGGUGCCUGAGUGACGGAUGUGACACGCGGAUUCAUGGGUUGAAGACGCUGGGUUAUCAGAUUACCAAGAGUAAAGAGGUGUCCGUUUCGGAUGCUUCAGCCAUCUGGUACCUGUCUCUCCUCACCUCACUGGUCACUGCAUCUAUGGAGACCAACCCUGCACUUGCUCAGACUGUCCUUCAGAGCACACAAAAAGCCUUACGUCAUAUGCCACCGUUGUCCCUUACACCGUCAUCCACAGAGUUCCCCAAGUUCUUUUCUGUGAACAUCUUGGAGGAGGUGGAUGGAUUUCUCCUCAGGAUAGCAGAUUGUUGUGUGAGUCCUGAUGCAGAAUUGACCCUUCUGGCCUUUGCCCUGGCCCGAGGGAGUGUGGCAAAAGUAAUCCAGGCCCUGUCCUGCAUCAGUGAUCAUUUAGAGACUAAAUACAGGGCCUCUUCCCUCAUUGUCUCUAUGGCCUCAGUUCGACUAAGACUGCUGUAUCGCAAUGGGAAGCCCCUCCAGCUGCACUUACAGGCCUGUGAUGUAAAGAGCAAAGAUGAGAAGUCAGGACCAGAGAAUAUGCUAACAGAGUCUUCCACUGGAGACGGUUUUCUCACGGAAGCCGGCCGGUUGAAAGCGAGCGUAAUCCUCUCUACAGAGGACCAGAGCAACUUCCAGGUCACUCAGAUAAAGAUCAAAGUGCGAAAAGGAACCAUUGGAGCAAAAUGUGGCCUGGUGUUUGCAUAUAAGGAGGAGGACCCUUUUGAUGCAGAGAAACAUUUCAAAAGGUUCAAACAAUUUCACUGCUGGGACUACAAGGACUUCAAAGAGUUUGUACAAAACAGUGCGAGGAUUCCAACGCAGAGUGAAGACGAGCCGAUUGGCUGGUUUGAGCUGGAGGAUGACUGGAACGAUGUGGAGAUCAAGCUGCAGCAGUGUCGUGUUGCAAAGUUUCUGAUGGUGAAGUUCCUGUGCACCAGGCAGGACAAUGCUGAGCGUCUUGGUGUGCAGUCCCUCAGCUUCAGUGGCUACUUGUGCCCUGGGACAGAGAGGCUAGCAGACCUGGAUGACCUUAGUCCAAAAGCAGAGAGCUUUGACCAUGAUGCUAUUACUGGCCUUUGCCUGCUAAACAAGACGCUCUUCUUCAUACAGCAGCUUACACGAGACAUGGAUGGCUCUCACUGCAAGCAGAAGUAUCUUUUGGAGUUCAGUGGUCUCAGCCUGAACCUCUUCUGGAACUUCUACAGUAAACUCAGGGAGAUUGAGGGAGAGGAGGUGCUGAAGAGCAGAGUUCUUCUGCUCCAGUUGAUGCAGAACUGCUUCCCCAUGCUGCCCAACCCACUGGAGCCUCAGGGCAAAGAGGAGAGAAGAGUGUCAGAUGAAGGUGCCGCAGCAACUUGUCUAUCCACACCCACCAGUGGAGAGGAUCUUAAUGGCUCUAUGAGGGCUGUGUGGGAGCUCUACACUCACCUCUGUCACAUUGUGGACAGUCCAGAAGGUGAGACGUCAGUGGAAAAAGCGUUGCACAAGGAAGCAGUCAAGGCUGUUCUUAACGGAGCAGCUGUUUUCUUCCCUGAUAAACAUGUCAGGCGAGACAAACUCUUUUACAUGAUGAAAAAUAUUACAGAAGAGGAUCAGCCAGAGUCGGUGAAGGUGACAUUUGAGUCGCUUUGUAAUUACUUCAGUGAUCAGGAUCCAAGUGGCCUUCUCCUGCUCCCUCCUAAAGGAGCUCCCUCAGACUUUGACAUCAGCCCAAUACUCUCAGUCAUGGAGACGCUGCUACUAGUUGCAACAAGGGAGUGUGAAGUCAUAAUGGUGGAUGAGAGCGGUGGAGCCAGCAGAUCAGUCCUGCUGUCGUUGUUCUGGGCUCUGCAGGGCAGUCUGCUCUCCUGGUGCUACUUGCAGCUCAAAGGAGGAGCGUCCACAGCCAUCGCAAUGGAGCUAGCCAGAGAUAUCCUGCUAAAAUAUGUGGAUCAGUUCUUGGGAAGUGUCAAAGCGACUCUUGGGUCACUGGUGGAGAGGUACACUGGAGCUGAAAUUUCUGACAAAUUGGGCAGCUCCAUCCUAGCCACAGUCUUCAGACAACUGAUGAUCUUCCUCUUGGAGCUGUGCCCUUUGGACAUCCCCCACAGCAUGCUGCUGAAAAGCUUCUCCUCUCUGGUUGAACUGCUCAAACGCCUGUCAAGUGACACUGGAGACAUCUUUUCUAAGGUGGAUCAAGAGAGCUGGCACCAACCUCAGCAGCCAGUAGUGCUGAGGACCUGGAACAUGGAGUCUCCUCACAACUACGAGAACAGCCGCCACGAGACGAGCAUCUUCGCCUGCCCUGGUGCGACCUCAUUUGAGGUGGAGUUUGAUGAACGUUGUGAAACAGAGAAGAGAUAUGACUACUUAGAAUUAACAGAUUCUAGAGGCGGGAAGGUCCGCUAUGACAUGAAGGUUGGAACUGAGAAGUGGCCAAAGAAAGUGACAUUUGACACUGGCCCUCAGCUGCAGUUCCUCUUCCACUCUGAUAGUAGCAAUAAUGAGUGGGGUUAUAAGUUCACUGUGACAGCCCUGGGUUUACCUGACAUCACCAUUUCUUGGAUGUCGGACCUGCAGCUGCUGGUGGCUCGUCUGAUGGGUCGCCUUGCGUCCAGAACCCUGGCAUUGAAAUCCCCUCAUGAGGUUCGCAGUGUGAAGGAACUUCCACCUGGGAAAAUGUCCCAUGUUCAGUCUUCACCAUUAUGGAAACCCAUCCUGAGACAUGGGCUGUGUGAAACCAGGGAGGCAAAUCGGACUAAAAGGGUCACAGACCAGACAAACACAUGGACUCUUGAUGAGUUAAUGGUCUUCCUGGAGGACUUUGCCCGUUGGAACCCUUCACAGGAACAAGCAGACAGUAGAACAGAGCUGAUGAGGACGCUCAUGCAGUCUUGCAGGAAACAGACAAUGAGGAAUGAGAUUACUGCCGGAUCAAAGAUAGACCAAGCUGUGAAUGCCAUUUGGGCAGCCAUGGUGUACCACACACCAGUCCUCAGCCUUGCACUACAUAGCUUUGUUAAUCAGGACUGCAAAUCCUGUCUGGCUGAAGAGUUUGUGCAGGUGUAUUCACUGGCAGAAAGCAUCAGAACUUGGAUGCUGGAGAUGAAACAGAGAUACCUCGUUGGCAAAAUGAAUAUUCCUGAUGAGAAAGAAGGUGGUCCUGAUGAAGUUACCAUGGAGAUGCUUGCUGAGAUGUGCAUUGAGAAAAGCCUCUUGCUGUUCCGAUUUGGUCCUUGUGGAGUUCCGUGCCAGGUUAGUGACUCUUCCAAAGCUGCAGAGAGCAGUAGUGCUCCACUUCUCCGAUCAAGUUCCAUCUCAGAAGGGGAUUUCCAAGCCAGCCCAUCUCUGGGACCUCAGACCGCAGGGUCCGAGGAAACCUGUGAGUCCAAGUCUGGACAGAAUCAGUCAUCCAGCACUCAAAUUCCAAACUUAACUUCAUGUGGGCACAGCAGGCGAGGCCAUCGAGGCUCAACAGAGAGUCUCUCACCUCAGCCUGGGGAGCCAGCCUCACCCUCCGCCUUCCCCCGUAAAGCUCCAUUCAGUCGGGCACGCCUGCGUCUCCUGUCCUGUCGCUCUAUAGAAGAGCCCCGGAUGACCCCCACAGUCAAGGAUCGCUACCCAAUACUCAAACACAUCGUAAACUUCAUAAAGGACCAGGCUCUCACAACAGCAAGCAUUCUGCAGACGCUGUCCCUGAACAAAGCACAGGCUCUGAGCGUGUGCAAGGUGCUGGAGAUGGUUCAGCAGUGUUUAUGUUCCAUGGGACAGCCACACCUCUUCCAAGCCCCGUGUAUCCUGUUCCUACAGGAGCUGCUGGCAUGCCAGAAAGACUUCACUUGUUAUUUCUCUCAGUUGUCAGACAGCGGUCAAAAGUUGGGAGAGGAGGUGAGGCGUUCCUACCAUCAGUUGGUGCUCAUGCUGGUCGAGGCAGUGCAGGGCUUCAGCAGCCUCAAUGAGAAAGCUUUUCUGCCGGCCCUGUCAUGUGUGCAGACCUGCUUGCUGCACCUCCUAGACAUGAACUGGGAGGCACACGAUCUUCCUUUCUUCCUGAGCAUCAAGCUUCCUGACCUCCUCCUCAGCAUGUCUCAGGAGAACAUCAGUGUUCAUGACACUGCCAUCAGUAAGUGGACAGAGGAGGAUGAGAUCGCAGACUACAAGAAGAACCAGGAGUGGAUGGAUGAGUGCAUGGAUGGGAUGUUUGAAAAGUGGUAUGACAAAAUUGAUGAGGAGGAAUCCAUGGAGGACAGGAGAAAGAUGCACAUGUUCAUUGCACGUUACUGUGACCUGCUCAAUGUUGUGAUCUCCUGUGAUGGCUGUGAGAGGAUGGCACCUUGGCACCGCUACCGAUGUCUGCAGUGCAUGGACAUGGACCUCUGCAAGACCUGCUUCCUCAGUGGUGCCAAGCCUGAAGGCCACGAGGAUGAUCAUGAGAUGGUAAACAUGGAGUAUGCCUGUGAUCAUUGCCAGGGGCUCGUUGUAGGCAGCAGGAUAAACUGCAAUGUGUGUGAAGACUUCGACCUGUGCUUUGGUUGUUACAAUGCAAAGAAGUAUCCUGACAGCCACCUGCCCACCCAUCGGAUCACAGUGUACCCAAUGGUGACCAUACGAAUCAGUGAUCGCCACCGUCUGAUCCAGCCCUACAUUCACAACUACUCCUGGCUGCUGUUUGCUGCUUUGGCCUUGUACACAUCAGAGCUGAGCAGUGAGAAGCAAACGGAUGGAGAGACUUUGGACAGUGACACUUUGAACAUUGCCAAAGCCCUGCAGACACACUGUUCCCAGCUCAUCACUGACUGCUUGCUCAAAGGGCAGACUGGCAAAGGUCUCCGUUCCUCUGCUUUGCUGGCUCUGCUGUCUGCUAAUGAUUCUGCCUCUGAUAGUGAGCUAUGUCCAGUCUCUCCCGAGUCCUCUCAAGAGCUCAGUACAGCCACCGACACCUCCUCCCUCCCUGGAAGCACAGCAGCAGUCUGCUCUCCUUCAUCUCCCAAGGACAAGGGUAAACCAUCAGAUGAGGAGAAAAAGGCAGAGGAGGUGAGCUCUCCUCCUGCUCAUCCAGAGUUGUCACUACUUCCAAGCAGUGGACCAGGGGACAAAAAGAAGCUGGUCACUCAAGACACCGUAGACUCAGCCAGACUCAGCCAGACUCCUUCUGUGUCCAGCGAAGACCCCCUCUCUCCUGUGGUCCGAUAUUCUGAACCAGGAGCAGUCAACUCCCCAACAUCUGAUGUUGUCAAGGAAACAGAUGAUAGGCUGCCCCCGGUUCCCCUUCAGGAGCAUGUGUUCUCAGAGUGCUCAAGAGAGAGGAUCCUGGGACUACUUGCAGCCAUGCUUCCUCCAGCCAAACCAGGCUGCUCCCUGUCUCUGCCCAGUCUGAACUCCAUCCUGCCCCAGCUUUUCAGGGCAGUCAUUUCCAAUGCCGGCUCUCUCAAUGAGACCUACCACCUCACCUUAGGCCUCCUGGGUCAGCUGCUGCUCCGGAUCCCUCCAGCGGAGGCUGACACUGCUGUCACAGAGGCUCUGGCUGACAAGUAUGAGUUGCUGAUACAAGGAGAGACAUCCUGUUCAGACAUCCAGGGCUGGAAGAUCAUACAGCUGCUUUUCAGCCUUGGGGCUGUCUGUUUAGACAGUCGCAUUGGUCUGGAUUGGGCGUGCACGGUGGCAGACAUUUUGCACAGUCUGAAUGCUUGCCCUGAGUGGUGCACAAUCAUCGCUGCUUUCACUGACCACUGCAUUCAGCAGCUGCCACAAACUCUGAAACGCACCAACCUGUUCACGCUGCUGGUGCUGGUGGGGUUCCCUGAGGUGCUGUGCGUGGGCACCCAGACGGUGUUUAUCGACAACGCCAAUGAAAAGCACAACAUGAUCUUGCUCAAACACUUCACAGAAAAGAACCACGCCGCAGUGGUGGAUGUUAAAACACGCAAGAGGAAAACGGUGAAGGACUACCAACUCAUUCAGUCUCAGGAUUCUUGCACAGCCGGCCUACCAGGGCAGCCAGAGGGCCAAGGCUGCCCAAAGACCCUGCUCAGUCGCUACCUGGGCAAUUUCACCGCCAUUAUCAGCCACCUACUGCAGACAAACCAGGACAAUGGCUCUUCUGAUGCUGUGGAGGCUUCCUGGGUCCUGUCUUUGGCCCUUAAAGGCCUCUACAACACACUCAAGAAGCACGGGGUGGAGCACGCACACGAAGCUAUCCAGCAGUCAGGUCUGACUCAGCUGCUUGUGAGGAAGUGCAGUAAGGGGACCGGCUUCAGCAAGCUGUGGUUGCUGCGUGAUCUGGAGAUUCUCUCCAUCAUGCUCUACUCCUCAAAGAGGGAGAUCCAUUCCAUGGCACAAGACCCGGAGCGAGACCAAAGAGAGCAGGACAAGGAGCAUGACUCGGACCACUCCAGCUGCUGUGCUGAUGACACCGAGGUCAGCAAGCCUGACCCCUUGGAGGGUCUCGAUGAGGAGACAAAGAUUUGCUUCCAGAUCACCCAUGAUGCCUUAAACGCCCCUUUGCCCAUCCUGCGAGCUAUGUAUGAGCUGCAGAUGAAAAGGACCGACUCAUUCUUCCUGGAGGUCCAGAAAAGAUUUGAUGGAGAAGAAAUAAAAACAGAUGAGACAAUCCGUACGCUGGCCCAGAAGUGGCAAUCUAGCAGGCGACCACGGUCUGAGGAGAGGAACACCAAGGCUGUGGACACUGAUAUGAUUGUGGUGUCUUGCAUGUCUAAACCCAGUCACUGUGAAAAGGCCACAGAGGAAAUCAACGUAGUGGCCCAGAAGCUCAUCACCAAUUCAGAGAGUGACCUGCAGCUCAGCUAUGCCAAACAGAGACGCACCAAAAGCUCGGCUCUGUUGCACAAAGAACUGGAUGUGCGCAGCAAUCGAGCAGUUCGCCAAUACUUGGUGAAGGUGAACCAGGCCAUCGCUACACUGUACGCUCGCCAUGUGCUGGCAUCACUGCUGGCUGACUGGCCCACGGAUGCACCUCUGAAUGAGGAGGCCCUGGAACUGAACGGGGCCUCGCACAUGGCUUACAUCCUGGACAUGCUGAUGCAGCUGGAGGAGAGGCCGUUAUGGGAGAAGAUUCUUCAGAGGGUGCUGAAGGGUUGCAGCCAGAGUAUGCUUUGCAGUCUUUCUCUCACAGCUUGUCAGUUCAUGGAGGAGCCUGGUAUGGCGGUGCAGGUCAGAGAGUCCAAACAUCCAUAUGAUAACAACACCAGCUUUGAGGACAAGGUGCACAUCCCCGGUGCCAUUUACCUGUCCAUAAAAUUUGAUUCCCGCUGCUACACAGAGGAAGGCUGUGAUGAGCUCAUCAUGUCUAGCAGUAGUGAUUUUGUCCAGGAUGUCCACAACUUUAGUGGAUCUCCACAGAAAUGGUCUGAUUUUGAAAUCCCCGGCGAUACCCUGUACUACAGAUUCAUGUCAGACAUGAGCAACACAGAGUGGGGCUACAAGUUUACUGUAACCGGUGGACAUAGGGGACGUUUUCAGACAGGGUUUGAGAUAUUGAAGCAAAUGUUAGCUGAUGACCAAGUCCUCAGCCAACUGCCACUAGCUGACAUUUGGGAGUGGCAAGUGGGUGUGGCCUGUCGGCAGACUGGGAACCAGCGACUCAGAGCCGUUCACCUGUUGCUCCGUCUGCUGCAGUGUCAGUCCCAGACAGCCUGUGAGCUGAUGCUGCUGCGACCUCUGUGGCAGCUCUUCAUGUCUAUGGAAAACAGCCUGAGCCAGGAUCCCACCAGUAUCACUGUGCUGCUGCCUCUACACAGAGCUCUCACUGAACUCUUCUUUAUCGCAGAGGCCCGUGCAAUCGCACAGGGCACCCUCCAGGAGUACUUGUUAGCCAUGACCACUGAUGAGCAGCUCCUCAAUCACACUGCAGUGGCUCUGAAGAAUAUCGCUGCCAUCAGCCUGGCUAUCAAUUACCCCAAUAAAUCUACUAAGCUACUCAACGUGUCCCCUUGAAGAGGACCUGAGGGAAGGAGGAGGAGAAUAACUUGAAGGGGACGCAUCCUGACUCUGCUUGUUCACUGAACAAGGAACAGAGAUUUGGAGAAAAACCUCGCCUACCAUCUAAUGCUUUUCUUCUAACAGGACCCCCCCGCCACACACACACACACACACACACAAACACACGCCCCCUCUCUCUUAGAUGGUAGCUCACAGUGCAGCACUGUGGACAUGAGCUGGGGAGGGGGGGGGGAAGGGGGGACUCAAAAAGCACUUUCCACACUUAUUCACAAUCCUUUUUGCCUUAGGGGAAUCCAUUAUAUCAGCAUGUGCAUUCACUGCAGCAGGAACAAUUCUAGGGUGUAUUUAUUUUAUUUUAUUUUUUUUUUUUACUUGAAGAGUCUGUGCUAAAUGACAUGAAGUGUGCCAAAUCUGCAACCUUCAAGGGGAAGUAUUACUCCUAAUCCCCCCCCCCCCCCCCGUCAGUUGCGUAAGCACCUUUCAGACAUGGGAUACCUAACAUUGCUGGCUUCAUCGAUCUCUUAAAUUCUAAUAGGUCACUUCUGCGUUAAUGUUAAUGACAGAGAGACCAUUCAUACAUGCACAAUAUUUCCACAUGUGCAAAAGACUUGUGGCAGUAUGUAUUAUUAGUAUGGCAUCUAGGGAAAAGUAACCACACUUGUGAAUGUUUAGUUCUCUGGCAGUGUCACUAAGCAGGAUGCCGCUUUCUCUCUGUCAGUGUUUGAGUACUGCAGGGUGUGACUGAGAGAGUUAAACCCCACCCCCACACAGAAGCAGUGAGAGGUCUCUCUCUUCUGGUUUAAAAAUAUUUAAAAAAUACAUCAUACAGGAAUGAUUUACUCCAUUUGCUAAUAAGAAAGAAGAGGUAGUAAGAUAAAAUGUCAUUAUGUACACGUUAUUACUGCUAAGGGCAUUCUUCAGUGACGUGAUUAACUCACAGAGAUGCAUGAAGGACACGUGCAGUCCUAAUCUUGUGCAGGCACGCCCUCUAAUGUGACGGCACACAUUUGGACUGGAGCUGCGAAUUGAUACGUGCAUAUUACAGUGUCUGAUUCGCGACUUUCAUGGAAAAGUGGCCAGGCUGUACAUUCAGACAUGAAGGCAUGCUGUUCAGGUGUGGUCAGAUGACCGGAAAGGAGUUCAUGUCUGAGAGGGGCUUCAGUUGGUCGUGGAGAAAACAGGUCACCUUGGCAACUUGCAUGUCUCGGUGGACAUGUGGAGCAUCCUAAAAAUACUGUCCAGGACAUUUGAGUCUCAUUAGUCACCACAGAGAGAAAGUAAUGACCUACUAGCUAAUCCUACUCCAUCCUUCCUUGCCUCCUCCUUUCCUUUUUCUCCUGUGCCUGCUUUUCUUCUCACUCACCUUCUCUCAUUUCCCCUCCCUGUUUACACUUUACCUUUUCAGACAAUAUCAGUCGAUGAUGGUGUUUUAUUGGGCUGUCAUUGAAAUGUAAAAUCAGCAUGUCACCAUAAAAUAUCCUGCACAUAUAUCUGAUCUAUGUAUAAAGGGAACUAAGGCACACUGCAGAACUGGGUGUCAGUUUGCAGGACAAACUCACAAUAGCCAUAGUGUUUGCAUAGGAUGGGAAUGAAAAUUACAGCUGAGGGAAAACUGUGACAAUAUGCUAUUUCAGUGCAUUCCUCUGUCAUUCUAUCAAGAUGUUUAAAUAUUUUCAUUCUAUUACUAUUUUCUGGAAGACUAUGACGAUGUCAGACGAUAUUCUUGGAAAUGAAUAACACAAAAUUUGAAUGAAAUGCGCCCAGUCCCUUAAAGGCCUCGAGUUUUAUAGCGGAUUCCCUGGAACACAGUGCUCUGAAGUGAAUUUGAUAAAAGUGUAAAAUAGACAUGUUAUCCCACUUACUCAACGGAAACGCAUCGGGAAGCUACGAGAGUCGAAUUCUUUCAUACAGAAUUACCUCAUCUUUUGUAAUUCCACGUUUAUUCAGUGUGAUGCUUCCUAAAUGUGUAACCUGACUUUCGAUCACACUAACCCCGCCGACUCAUCAUACGCGCCUGUAGCCACGUCAGACUUUCACUUCAGAGAAGGCACUGAGUCUUGCAUGCUGAUGAAUCUAAACGGCGAUUUUUAAGGACGGUGACUAAACAUUGAUUGAUUUCCAAUCAUUAUUUAAGUACAUUUCAGAAAGAGGUGAUGCUUUGAGUUGUAGGAAGGCAUGGUAGUUUUAUACCAAAGAAACUCAAUCAUAGUGAGCCAUGGAACAUCUGUGAGAGAGCUCCUGGUAGAGUUCAUUCUGUUUUUCACAUAUCCGACAGCCACCCUGUGAGGAGCUGGAGCAGAGGAAACCUUUAGACAUUGUUUUUUCUUUUUGUGUAUUUUCUUUUUUUUUUAUCUUUUAUGUUUGAAGUGGCCCCCACGUGGACUGCAGGAUAGCUUGGUGCUUUUGUUUACACAAACAUCAGCUGCAGCGAGGAAAGGGGAAGACGUGCACGGCCUCCAUCGGGCUUCUACAACGCCUCACCUAUCUACAAUGUGCCUAUGGUUAAAAAUGAAGCAAUCAUAAUUUAACUCAUGUUACUGGAGUUCUUAUUAAUUAUAUUUUAAAAGAGAAAUAUAUUGUUUAAUUUGAGGGGGUUUUUGUAACUUUUUACUUUUAAUGUUGCUUUUCUUUUUGCGAGGAUGCUUGAUAUUUGAGGCUGACUAAUUUGAAUGUACAUAUCUGUGAAUAUUGCACAGAAAAAAGGAAAAAAAAAAAAAAAAAAAGACUUUGAUAUCAACCCCUUACAAAUCAAUCUUUACCGGGCACUAACGUU